AUGGAGACCCCCAACCAACCAAGUCAGCCCGCCCAACCACCCAAGGAGGCUGCCUACGCCCAAGCUUCAAACCCUGUAUCGCAUUACCCCCAAGAGCAAAGAGCCUCCUUACGACAACACGGGGAUGCCUCCACCGCGAUCACAAGGGACGCAAAUUCAAACCCGUCAAACGACGAGGCUCGAGCUCGCCUUGACGUGCAACGCAGUUUGCAACAAGAGAGGUUGUAUAGCUCACCGGAUGUGGACCUUGAGUACGGAGUGGAGGAGCAACCAGCAGAGGGAUAUAUUGCGGAUGUGGUGGAGCGAAAAGGAAUGGGGAUGCAGCGCGCUCGGGCGGGUGCACAUGCUGGACCUGUUGGAAGCGCUGGUGGGCCUGGACAUCCCGGAUUCGGCGAGCAGAGAGAUCUUGCAGCUCAUAUGGAUGUCAAGAGGGGAAACCAUGAUCGUAUGCUCAGCGAGAAAAUUGGACAGGAUCCUUCGGACCCCCAAUAUGAUGUUGCUGCAAGAGAGGCCACUAGGCAACGCAAGCUGAGACAAAAUGAAGGUGUGGAUGUGGCGGGCGCAGUUGGGGAGGCCAGCGGGGACCCAGUGGUUAUCAGUUAG